GUGAUGAUUACAGCAUAGUCUAGUGUGCUGGUUUUAGGCACUUUUAAGAUUGCCCAUUUGGGAAUCCAAUGGGUUGACCAGUUAAAUCAUCCAAUCGCAUCCUAAUCCAACAAAUUGGCUUAUUUUUGCUCAUAUUCGCUAAGGGUUUUCCCUGUCAUUGGACUCUGCCCGCGGUGGCUACAUCAAGGACGGCUCAUCGAUUUUGGCCGUUUGCCUCCUCCCCGUUCUGAUGGAUUGAGGGUUGAUUUGGCAGAUGUUAUUGAGACGCAGUGGUGUCCUCGUGAUUCCUGGGCAGCCAUCUUUGGAGGCUAGGGAGGGAGGGAAGCCUCAGCGGCAGCCCAUGUCACGUGAUGCUGUUGCCAUGGCGUUGGGAUGUUGGUGUAAUUGGUGUUCGCAUGUAGACUGAGAGGCAGAGAGAGAGAGAGUCGUGGGGGGGUGUUGAUGUCACCGAAAAAAGACAAAGAGAGGCAAUUAUCCAAGUCUCCUCUCCCACCAUACACCAUGGUAAAAAUAGCACAGAGCUCCAUAUGAAGCCUUGUGCAUUAAGAGAAUGCAAUAAAGACUCAUCUCCCAUCGAAAGGGCUUAAAGUUGUACUCGAUUAGGAAUCCCUUAAAGUCGACGAAUUGUUCCCAAAAAGCCGAGGGCUUUCUUUUUCUUCUCGCGCUUUCCCCGCAUAACAAAGCAGGGGCUCCCCCCCUCCUCUGCCAUCUCUAUGUCAAAUCAUAUGUGCCUGUGGAGCGUGUUGCUGGGGCUGACAGACUCGAGACCGGGGGAGAGACGCGAGAGGGAGGGGGCGAGGCAGAAGGAGAGAGAGAAAGACAGAGCGAGAUGAUGAGAGAGCGCGAGCGUACUGCAGCAGCGGAGCGGCACUAAUCCAGCAGAGGAAGACCCCCCUCCAGCCAGAUGAGCAUCCCAGUGUUUUUUUUCCUCAUCCCUCCCUCCCUCUGCUCCACUGCUCCUUCAUCUCCUCCAUAAUUCAUCGGCACUUCCAGACCCUCCGCUUCGCUUCCAGCUCCGGCCGUCGCUCUCUGGAUCAUCCUCCAGCCCAGGACGGGUGUUCCCAUCCGCUCGUAUCUGCAGCCAUGGACAGUCAACGGCAGAGCGAUUCGGCCGAGAGCUGCCGCGAAGAUGGCUCGAGUCUGCUUUUCGGCUACUAAUCCAUACCAAGCAGAGUAGGAGAGGAGAGAAGAGGGGAUUUUUCGCUUUUCCCAACUAGAAGAAUCCCUUUCGUCUGCCUCUCUCUGGCUCUUUUCCUUUGUGGUAUAGGAGUGCGCUGUUGUGGAUUUCGGGAGCUUAAAUACGAUCCAAAAUGCCUGAGGCCAAUUACCUUCUCUCUGUAUCCUGGGGUUACAUUAAGUUCAAGAGAAUGUUGAACAGGGAGCUGACGCACCUCUCUGAGAUGAGCAGAUCUGGCAAUCAGGUGUCAGAGUUCAUCUCCAACACCUUCCUAGACAAACAGAAUGAGGUGGAGAUUCCCUCGCCUACACCUAAAGCCCGCGAGAAGAAGAAAAAACAGCAGUUGAUGACUCAGAUCAGUGGUGUGAAGAAAGUGUCCCACGGGCCCAGCCUCAACUGCGGCAUCGCUCGCUUUGGCGUCAAAACCGACAAAGAGGACUUACUGUCAAAGGAAUUAGAAGACCUGAACAAAUGGGGUUUGAAUAUCUUUACAGUUUCAGAGUAUUCCAACAACCGGCCUCUCACUUGCAUUAUGUACGCCAUCUUCCAGGAACGAGACUUGCUUAAGACAUUUAAGAUCCCGGCAGACACUUUUGUGACGUAUAUGAUGACUCUUGAGGAUCAUUACCACCAAGAUGUGGCCUAUCAUAACAGCCUUCACGCUGCUGAUGUGGCCCAGUCAACUCACAUUCUCCUGUCCACACCUGCCCUUGAUGCCGUCUUCACUGAUCUUGAGAUCCUGGCAGCCAUUUUUGCAGCAGCUAUUCAUGACGUGGACCAUCCUGGAGUUUCAAACCAGUUCCUCAUCAAUACAAAUUCUGAAUUGGCGCUCAUGUAUAACGACGAGUCCGUUUUGGAGAACCACCACUUAGCCGUAGGGUUUAAACUUCUCCAGGAGGACAAUUGCGACAUCUUCCAGAACCUCACUAAGAAACAAAGGCAGUCACUCCGAAGGAUGGUCAUUGACAUGGUACUGGCCACAGACAUGACUAAGCAUAUGAGCUUACUGGCCGAUCUGAAGACAAUGGUAGAGACAAAGAAAGUGACAAGCUCGGGAGUUUUACUUUUGGACAACUACACAGAUAGGAUACAGGUUUUGCGGAACAUGGUUCACUGCGCCGAUCUGAGCAAUCCCACCAAGUCUCUAGAGUUGUACCGUCAGUGGACCGACCGCAUUAUGGAGGAGUUCUUUCACCAGGGUGACCGAGAAAGGGAGCGAGGCAUGGAGAUCAGCCCCAUGUGUGACAAACACACUGCCUCGGUGGAGAAAUCACAGGUGGGUUUCAUUGACUACAUCGUCCACCCGCUAUGGGAAACCUGGGCUGACUUGGUACAUCCGGAUGCCCAGGAUAUCCUGGACACGCUUGAGGAUAAUCGGAACUGGUACCAGAGCAUGAUCCCCCAGAGUCCUUCCCCACCCUUCUACCAGCCCGACAAAGAAGGCAACGGUGGGGGUUCAGGACCCGACAAGUUUCAGUUUGAGCUCACACUAGAGGAAGAGGACUCGGAAGGCACGGAAAAAGACGAACAGAGCCAGGGUGAUGAGGAUGAGGUGGAAGAAGAAGAUAGAGGGGAAGAAAUGGAAUCCACUACACACAUCCAGAUAGUUACCGAAGACGCCUCACCCGUCGACACAUAGGACUCGGCGUCUCUUAAUAGGCGGUAGCUGUUUUUUUCCCUUGCGAGAGGAGCAAUCUUGCAAUUGAUGCUUUUUAAAAAGCCCACAUGGGGUGCUUUUUUAGGCCCUCGUGGGAGGAGGAUGUCUUGCCCUCCUUGCACUUACGUUUGGAGACAGUUUGGUAGGAGCUCUCAGGAAAUAAAUGCUGCAGACAUUUUGGACCUGAACGAUUGACAGGCGACUUUGAUAAACAUGAAGGAUUGGGGCCAACGUGGACAGUUUGUUUGUUUACCUGGCGGUGAGGAGUAGACACUACUGAGAGGAUUUCUCUUUUUUUUUUUUUUUUUUUUUUUUUUUUUGUACCAACACAGACUUUUUGUAAAGCUAUGGGUGUGUGAUGAGGUCAAACACGAACUACUGAAGAACAAGUAUUUGUAAAGAGAGAAACUGUUUACUUUUCUGUACCAUUUGUCUAAAGACUGUGUGCCUUUUUACUAUUGUCUUUUUAAUAGUCCUUUAUUUAUUGAACACGUUUUAGUAUAACUGUACGUUGAAAUGUUUUCGUUUUCUAAAGCAAACCAGACCGAACAUGCAGAAUUGUUUUAUAUCUUCGCUGGAGAGAGAACUUAGUGUCUUCCUUUGUUUGGCAAUAUAACUUAAUAAUCCAAACAUCUGACAAACGAUCAGAAAACUAAGAAAUGAUGACAGAGGCACUUUCUGUUUAUUCUAUCUACAUUUGUGUCAGACUUUUGAAAUAUGAGCACAAACUCUGUUUAUUUGGAUCCGUAUGUCAUCCCAUCCACAUUAGACUAACAAAAUCUGUGUUAGGUAAAUGCAUUGUUGCACAAAAAACUUUAAACGCCCUUAAAUAUGAAGACCCCAUUUGCUUAGAUGGUAAAAAUACAAGCAACCCCCCAAAAAUCCAAUCACUAGGGGUCUCAUAAUGUACUAAAAUCACAGGGGAAGCCAAAGCUAAAUUCACUUCAACGUUAAUUUACUUUUCGAUUCAUCAUAAUUGUCUUCCUUACAGCAACCAUUUUUCAUUCUUGCCAUCAUACCUCAGAACACACAGAGUAAAAGCAGUCUAAACUAGCUUUUGUAGCUUUUUUACACAGUUUGAUACAGAACAUUUCCUAAUUAUGAUUGGCUCACUUUUAGGACAUAUACGUAAACUGAUUUCCUUCCUCAUCUCUUUGAACACCGAGAUACGAUUACUAAAAUAAACUUCAACAUGCCUCAUACAUUCUGUCACCGUUAAUGUUUAAGUUUGUGUGUAGUUCAUGCUUUGAGGUACUUUAACUACCUUACGCUCAAAGUCUCGACAGUGGAAACAGUUAAUGGCCAAAGUAGCAUGCAAAUGUACGUUUGUGCACACAUAUAUAUAUGUGUCUACACAUUACUGUGUUUGUGUGUGCGAGCGCCCGUCGGGUCGCUCGAUCACCAGCCCACGCUUUUCACGACUCCUUCCAUUCACUUUGUUUAUAUGCGCUCAGAUUGGUCCUCUACUGUUUAUAACAGUGUAUUUAUUACCGUUAACUGUACAUAAGGAAUAAUGUUUCUUUGUAAAUGGAUUAAUUUAUAUGCACUUGCAUUACCGAAAAUUGGUGGUGUUUCUUGUGUAGUGGGCUCUUGGACUGAGUCUGUUUUAUUUAGUAAUAUUGUUUAUGUUUUAAUAUAAAUAAAUAUAUAUUAUAUAUACUAUGUAUGAAUAUAUUGCACAAUUUUCAACUGCCCAGAACAGUAGCCUACGAGACACGCGACCCAUUGGUAACGGGGAGAGUCUGUAGAUAAGACAUAAAUGCAUACUGUAGACAUCUGUCAGAUAUUAGAAGCUUUGUGUAUCACUGUUUGGUGUAACAUCGAUAAAUCAGUAUCUCACGAGAUUCUCCACAGAACGUGGCCCUCAAAUAUAUACAACAUUUUGAAUGGAGAUUGCUAAAAACGGCUCAGAAGUAGCCUGUAAAUGCACACGUUUACGGGAGCGGAAUUGGUCACCGACAUCACAAUCUCUGAACAACAAUGUGAAAUCGAUAUAAUUACAAAAAUGUGAUCUUCUGUAAUUAUUUGUGCUAAUGUGAACUAUUUUUCUGACCUUGUUAGCAGUUUUGAAAUUCAAAUUGUCAGUAUAACUUUGUUAAUCUAUGUUUGAGAUCUUUUGGUCCCAUUUGCGUCCAAAAGGAUUCAACAGAAUUAGUGCUAUCUGCAUGAGGGAUGAGUUUUUAUCGUCUGGUUAUCCCACAUUGUUGCAGGUGAAUAUUCAAUGUUUCACACAAUGUAUGGUAAUAAUAUUGUAUAUUGUGUUCAAUAAAAUCUGAAGCUACUUUUCUAUGAAGUGAUUAAAGACAAAGCAUGAAUAUA